AUGUGGCUGUACCUGGCGGUCCUUGUGGGCCUGUACUACCUCCUGCGCUGGUACCGGGAGAGGCAGGUGGUGAGCCACCUCCAGGACAAGUUCAUCUUCAUCACGGGCUGUGACUCGGGCUUUGGGAACCUGCUGGCCAGGCAGCUGGACCUGCGAGGCUUGAGGGUUCUGGCUGCGUGUUUGACGGAGCAGGGGGCCGAGCAGCUGAGGAACCAGACAUCAGACAGGUUGGAGACGGUGAUCCUGGACGUCACCAAGACUGAGAGCAUCGCUGCGGCCACUGAGUGGGUGAAGGAGCGUGUUGGGGACAGAGGGCUCUGGGGUCUGGUCAACAACGCAGGCACUUUUCACCCACAUGGCUACACUGAGUGGCUGAAGAUUGAGGCCUGUAUGAAUACCCUCAAAGUGAACCUCAUUGGUUUGAUAGAGGUGACCUUGAGCAUGCUUCCCUUGGUAAGGAGAGCACAGGGGAGGAUUGUCAAUGUCUCCAGCAUUCUGGGAAGAAUUGCUUUCUUUGGAGGAGUCUACAGUUCCACCAAGUACGGAGUGGAAGCCUUUUCAGAUAUUCUGAGGCGUGAGCUUCAACAUUUUGGGGUGAAAAUCAGCAUAGUUGAACCUGGCUACUUCAGAACAGGAAUGACAGAUAUGCAGAAGUCCUCAGAGGCAAUGAAACAAGUCUGGAAAGAAGUCCCUGUGCAUAUUAAGGAGUCCUAUGGACAGAAGUUUUUUGAUAAUAUACUAAAAGUCAUUGAUUUGUAUACUUUAAAUGGAUGCACAAACCUGAACCUGGUUACUGACUGUAUGGAACAUGCCGUGACAUCUGUGCAUCCCCGCACUCGAUACUCAGCUGGCUGGGAUGCUCAAUUUUUCUUCAUCCCUCUAUCUUAUUUACCUACAUCACUGGCAGACUACAUAUUGACUAGAUCUUGGCCCAAACCAGCCCAGGCAGUCUAA